AUGAGUUCAACAGUCACCACAUGUCCUCCAACCGCCCGCUACUAUCUCCUCGAACUCCUAACCGAGCUCCGACUGAUCAUCUACGACCUUUUCUGGCGCGAGGAUAUGAUCGACCUACAAUCUCAUGGGAAUUGGGACACUGUACCGCCCAUCGCUCAGAGCUGUCGCCUGCUCCGAAGCGAAACACUGCCCCUCCAUUUCGGACGUGGUCUCUCGCACACAGGCUGGUUCGGACUCGAAGAAUGGGCCCGAGUCCAUGUGACUGCGGAAUCGAGCAUCCACGUCACGAAGAUGGUGCUCUCGGCUGGUAAAACGCGUCUCGAAGAGUUGCAAUGGCUGCAUAGAUACUAA